UCUUCCGCAGUGAUGUGGGGUGUGGUGGUUGAAUGAGUCCGUGUGUGUUAGUAUGUGUGUGUGUGUGCAUCUCUGUGACUGUGUGUGUGUGUGUGUGUUGAAGGAGGAGAGAGGAGCACCACAGUGAGCAGACCCUCUUCCGAGCAUCAGUGCGCGGCGGCGGCGGCAGAGGAGGAGCACAGGCCGGGGUGAGGGAUGCGGACAACGGUCAGUGGCGGCGAACGGAGGGACGUUACCGGCUUUUCGGAAUAAAGACGAACAGCUUUUGUUACACAGACGGGUGGUGUUUAUCAACCGGCACCGUUGGAUGUUUUCACCGAGGGAACCGCGAUCUGCAAUGGAGCGUCGAUCCGACCAAAGCUGAGACCUGGAGACCUGUCUGUUUUUGGACAAUAAGUAGGAGGAGAAUUAGCCUUUAGACGUAGUGGCAUGUCAUCAUUUUGCUCCAGUUAUCCUCACGUGAAGUCCCGUGGCCAUCUGUCUUUGUGAUCUGACCAGGAAGCCAUACUGAAUUUGUUAUUAAUGAUUUAAAAACCAAGCUUUACUGCGGCCUGUCAAAGGCAAAACGAGUCCCGAAUAUAGAAUUUAUUUAAGUCACAUUUUAUAAAAUAAUCAAAGGGCAGUCAUGUCAAAGAAUAAGAGCAGUGAGUCAGUCAAGGUGGUAGUGAGAUGCCGGCCUUUGAACCGAAAAGAGGAGUCCAAUGGGCCAGCAGGGGGCAUUGUAAAGCUGGACCUGGGUCUUGGACAGGUGAUCCUCAGGAACCCUCGGGCUACAGCUAGCGAGCCCCAGAAAACCUUCACCUUCGACGCUGUCUACGACGCAAACUCCAAACAACGAGACCUGUACGACGAGAGCGUGAGGCCUCUGAUUGAUUCGGUUCUUGAAGGGUUCAAUGGCACGAUAUUUGCAUACGGGCAAACUGGUACUGGAAAGACGUACACCAUGCAAGGUGCAUGGUUGGACCCUGAGAAAAGGGGCGUGAUCCCUAAUUCCUUUGACCACAUCUUUACACACAUUUCCCGCUCGCAGUCCGAUAAGCAAUACCUCGUGCGGGCGUCCUACCUCGAGAUCUAUCGUGAGGAGAUCCGGGAUCUCCUCAGUCCCAACCACGGCAACGGCAGAGGCCUGGAACUCAGGGAGAACCCAGACACUGGAGUCUACGUCCAGGAUCUCACAUUGUGUGUCUGUAAGAGCAUCAAAGAAAUUGAAGAGGUGAUGAACGUGGGCAACCAGGCCAGGGCAGUCGCGGCAACAGACAUGAACGAGCACUCGUCCAGGUCCCACGCUUUGUUCUUGAUCACGGUAGAGUGCAGCCAGCCAGGACCAGAUGGAAGAAAGCACAUUCGAGUCGGACAUCUCAACCUGGUUGAUCUCGCAGGUAGCGAGCGCCAAGCAAAGACUGGAGUCCAGGGAGAACGCCUGAAAGAAGCGGCAAAGAUCAACCUUUCCUUGUCAGCCCUGGGGAACGUGAUCUCAGCGUUGGCAGACGGACGCAGCGGACAUGUGCCUUACAGGGACUCUAAGCUGACCAGGCUGCUGCAGGAUUCAUUAGGUGGAAAUGCCAAGACUGUCAUGGUGGCAACCUUAGGCCCAGCCCCCCAGCACUACGAUGAAACCCUCACCACGCUCCGCUACGCAAACCGAGCCAAGAACAUCCAGAACCAACCAAGAGUCAACGAAGACCCCAAGGACGCUCUACUGCGUGAGUUCCAGAAAGAGAUCUCUCGCCUCAGAGCACAGCUCAACCACAGGAGAUGGAGAAACAAACAAAAGAAGGAGCAGGUGGAGGGUGAGGACUGGGAGAGGGAUGGUGAUGAUGAGAGCGAGGGUGAGGAAGAGGAGCUGGAUGUGGAGAAGGAUGCAGAAGAGUAUGUGAAGCUGGAGGAGCAGCGGUUGGAGAGGGAGAAGAAUGCCAUCAGGGAGGAUCAGUUCAUGUUGGCUGAAGAGAAGCAGAGGCUGCUGGGAGAGAAGGAGAGGAUGAUGGGGGAUCUGAGGAAGGAGCAGGAAGCUACUGAGCAGCUGACGGCCAAGUACAAGGCCAUGGAGAGCAAACUGCUGGUUGGAGGAAAAAACAUCAUGGACCACACCAACGAGCAGCAGAAGAUGCUGGAGACGAAGAGGCAGGAGAUCGCUGAGCAGACACGCAGUGAGAGAGAGAUCCAGCAGCAAAUGUUGACCCAGGACGAGGAGACGCUGGAACUGAGGGAGACGUUCACGUCUCUGCAACAGGAGGUGGAGGCCAAGACCAAGAAACUCAAGAAGCUCUACGCCAAGCUCCAGUGCAUCAAAGCAGAGAUCCAGGACGUGAACGACGAGCACGUGAGGAGCCGACAGGAACUGGAACAAACCCAGAACGAGCUGACCAGAGAGCUCAAGUUCAAGUACCUGAUCAUAGAGAACUUCAUCCCUCCAGAGGAGAAGAACAAGAUCAUGAACAGGCUGACCUUUGACCCCGAGGAGGACCAGUGGAAGUUCCAGCCUCUGGUUGCUGCUGAAAGUAAAUCCACACAUUUGAAGAAACGACCGUCGUCAGCAGUCGGAUACAAACGACCCCUCAGUCAGUAUGCCAGGGUUGCCAUAGCGAUGGGAGCCAACUCCAGAUACAGAGCUGAGAACAUCAUGUUCCUGGAGCUGGACAUGACUCCUCCAAACACCGCCUCCCUCAACCGCUCCAUGGAGGCGGAGCCAAGCCAAAGUCCCUCCGUGGACAGUUCGCCCACCAAGGACGGUAGCGUUCGCAAAUCUCGCUCCUGGUAUCAGAAUCUCAAAUCCAUCAGUUCUUCCUCUUCCAACACUUCCUUGUCGGCAUGUCACGCUGCCACAGCUGCAGCGGCAGCGGCGCAGUAGAGCUUUAAGCUUUCCGAAAAUGUUUUUUAAGAGUUUUUUUCUUUUCUAUUGUUAUUUAUUUUUUAUUUCUUCUCUGUAUCUUCUUCUUUUUGGCUGCUGAUUCUCAGUCUGAGGGACCACAGCUGGGUCAAAAGCACACAGCAAAACUACUGGGUCCCACCGAGGCCACAACACACUUUUUAUGGAUAGAAAUGCAGAAAAUAUUCUGACCACUGGAAACUGUACGAUCUCAGAAACUCUGUUAAACAAACACUUCCUCUUUUAUCUGGACACAAGGAAAUGUUUCUUCUUCUGGAUCCACUCUUCCUCUUCUUCUUCCUCUUCUUCCUCUUCUUCUUCUUCCUCUUCUUCUUCUUCUUCUUCUUCUUCUUCCU